UUCCUAUACUUUCCUUACCUUGGUUUCUAUGUUGUUUUAUUCUGUCAUCGCGUUUUCUCCUCGGAAUACCUCUUAAUUCCACUCCUGCCCUUCUCGUCUGGACCUUCACAGAUAGAGAAGCAGGCCUUUGGUCUCUUAUAUUCAAUUAAUGUGGCUUAUUCCUGGAAUCCUAAUUCUUGUUUUCGAACUAUGAUGAUGAAUUAUUAUGGCUCUUCCAGCACUGGUGAUGCUCCCUCUGAAGCUUCUUCUUCUAAUACCUCUUAUUCUUUAGAAGGCCCAAGAGUUUACUUUGUGCCCUACAAGUGGUGGAAAGAAGUGGAGGAGGAGUCUGGCCCCAAUGAAGACAAGGAUGAAAAGUUUGGCAUUUUGUAUACUGCAUCCCCCCAUUCGUAUGAAGGUGCAUCAAAGUACUUCAAUUUCUUUAAUAGUGACAUAGUUUUUGAUCUGAAAAGGGAAGAUAAUAUCUUGUUCUCUGAGCCCAAUGGAGAAGAUUUCCUGGACAGGGACUGUGUCUUGCUAUCUGAGAACAUGUGGUUGAAGGCAUUGAAAUGGCAUAAAGAAUCAAAAGCAACAGCAGGGGAUGCAGGAUUCCUCUCUAUGGCAGAUGAUGCUACCUUUGAUGUUUAUCCCUUGCAACUCCGUCUGUUUGUUAUCCGAGAAGCAAAUCUAAUGACUGCUAGAAUAAGCAAAAAGGAUAAUGCUGUAUAUUACAAGGCGGCCUCCAAGAUUUUUAAUUUUGAAGAUGAACCUAUGCGAAUAUGGGAUUAUUCUGGGCAGACGGAUAUGUUUUUCAAUAGUGAGGGAGAUGAGGUGCCUAAGCAUUCUUCACGACAGAUGGAUCAAGAGAUGCUUCUGGAGUUGCAGGUUUAUGGACUUCCAGAGCUAGUGAAAAGUAAAUGUGAAGGAAAGAAAGAUGAUUUAGCAAUUCAACCGUAUAAAUCGGGAUUUUCUCUCACAGGUGGGAUGUUUAUGGGCAAUGGAAGCAUAGCCAGUAUUGAUACGGAUUUCGGUCUUGCAAACCCUUUGAAUUUAACAUUCAGUGGAAGCUCUGGAAGAGAGGGUUCUUUGGGUUUGACAGGACUGCAGAAUCUGGGAAACACUUGCUUUAUGAACAGUGCACUUCAGUGCUUGGUGCACACACCAAAGCUUUUUGAAUACUUCCUUGGAGAUUACAGCAAUGAAAUUAAUCAGCACAAUCCAUUGGGCAUGGACGGGGAGCUUGCUCUUGCAUUUGGACAGCUAGUGAGGAAGUUAUGGGCUCCUGGGAGAACUCCAGUUGCACCGCGAGAGUUCAAGUCAAAACUUGCUCGUUUUGCACCGCAAUUCAGUGGCUACAACCAGCAUGAUUCGCAAGAACUCCUUGCUUUUCUGUUGGAUGGGCUCCAUGAAGAUCUAAAUCGUGUGAAAAGCAAACCUUACAUAGAAACAAAGGAUGCAGAUGGUCGACCAGAUGAGGAAGUUGCUGACGAGUAUUGGCAUAACCACCUAGCCCGCAAUGACUCAAUAAUUGUUGAUGCAUGCCAAGGUCAAUACAAGUCUACAUUGGUAUGUCCUGAUUGCAACAAGGUCUCAGUCACUUUUGACCCAUUUAUGUACUUAUCUCUACCUCUACCUUCUACCACAAUGCGAGCAAUGACAAUUACAGUGUUUAGCUGUGAUGGCAGCACUCUGCCAAUGCAAUAUACCAUCAAUGUGCCUAAGUUUGGAAAGUGCAAGGAUCUUAUCCAGGCUUUGAGCAUUGCUUGUUCGUUAAGGAGAGACGAGACCCUAUUGGUGGCUGAGAUUUUCUCGAAUAAAAUACUUCGCUUUCUAGAGGAUCCUUCUGAUUCAAUCUCCUUGAUUAGAGAUGCCGACAUGCUUGCUGCUUACAGGCUACCAACAGAUCUUGAAAAGUUUCCAUUGGUGGUGUUCAUGCAUCAGCGUGAUGAUGAGUUUUCCCGGAGUCACUGGAUAUCAUCUGGGAGGAAGUUUGGUAUUCCAUUGGUUGCUAGGCUUAAAGGCAUCAAUGUUUCUCAUAUUUGCCACGCAUAUCAUAAAUUACUUAGCCCAUUUCUUAUAUCAAGAGAUUCGGCAUCACAAGGUUCUGACACAGAGAAGGGUGCAUGUGAAGAAAAUAGUACUCUGAGAGAGAGUUUUAAUGGCUCCUCCAAACCAUAUGAAGGGAUUGGCAAUGAUAAUACAUGGGAUGAUCAUUCAUAUCGUGAUAUUGAAUUUGAAUUUUAUCUGACAGAUGAGGAGGGUAGACCAGAGCGUGUUGCUUUGGACAAGAGUAAACCGGUUCAGGUCACAAGUUCCAGCCAAAGGCUGAGAGUGCUUGUGUGUUGGCCUGAGAAAGCACCUGCACUGUAUGAUAUCCCUCUUUUGAAUACAUUGCGAGAGGUGUACAAGCCUGUAUUCUUCAUGAGGAGACCUGAAGCAGAAUCUAUUUCUCUGAAUGCAUGCCUUGAAGCUUUCUUGAAGGAGGAGCCAUUAGGGCCCGAAGAUAUGUGGUACUGCCCUGGUUGUAAGGAGCAUAGACAAGCGAGCAAGAAAUUGGACUUGUGGAGGCUGCCCGAGAUUCUAGUUGUGCAUCUGAAGAGGUUCUCUUAUAGCCAUUACAUCAAGAACAAGCUGGAGAUGUUUGUAGAUUUCCCCAUACAUGACCUUGACUUGUCAAGCCACAUUGCUCGGAAAGAGUUACAGUCAUCCACUCAUUAUGAGUUAUAUGCAGUUAGUAACCACUACGGAGGCUUGGGCGGAGGCCACUAUACGGCAUAUGUCCAUCAUUCAGAUGAAAAGGGAUGGUAUGACUUUGAUGACAGCCGUGUUACACCUAUUACUGAAGACCAAAUUAAGUCAUCAGCAGCAUAUGUGCUUUUCUACCGAAGAGUUGGCGCUAUUGAAGGUCAUACAUAGUAUUUCAAGUUUGAAGUCAUUUUCGACACUGAAAGGCUGAAAUCCAAACUAACAGACGACAAGUUGGAGAGAGAGAGAGAUUAUCAGGUGAAGCUUUUGCUGCAUGCUCCUAAUUCUGUCACUGCUGAAAUAUCCCGGUCGAGGCUGAUGGUAGUGAAUUAGUCACAUAAACCAUUCGGGGUUAUUUUGAGAGAUGACAAGGUUCAGUUCAUAAUACAGUCCAAUUGAUAUAGUGGGUCGUGUACCUUAUUUUGGAGGAAGCGCACCUGUCCCUGUUGCCGGUUUUUGAAGCAAUGCUAGUCCCUACCAAUUUGUAUUUUCCUAAAUUCGGGUUUCUCAUGUAACCAUUUUUGUGCAAAUUCAGUGUUAAUUGUUUCCCUCUUGUGUAUACUCUGAAUAUAAAUUAAUUUCUUGGGGAAAACAAGUUUUGACGAUUUCUCGAA